AAGUUACCGCUAAACAAAUGUGUAUCAGUGAAUGUCUCUGGUAAUCAGCAGCAAAGUACACUUGAUAAAUAAUAUUAUUUACGUGAAAGCGAAGUGGCGUUGACAUAAAAUAUAUUUCGAAAAAUUUGUUUUAUUCAUUUCCAUGAAGUCCCUCAAUUGCAUUAUGGGAUUUCUUAAACAAAUUUAGUUUCACUUUUGAUAGUGAUAUCAGGAAGUUAAUGACACAAGAGCUUGCAAGCGCCACUGGGGCAGAAUGGAAACUGCUGAAGGAGAUGUGGAAUCUCAGUGUUCUUCCAGUUUGCAGCCAACAUCCAGCGACGCAACUGCACAAAUGACACUAGCAGACCAACAGGCAGCCAGCAGUGACAGCUCAGAUCAAGAGACAUUAGUGCUUAAUUUGUACCCAAUUGACCCACCAGGAAUCAGCCAUGAGCUAAAUGAUGUCCCAGUUGCCUCAAAUGGAGCACCUCUCAUGGGCCUAACCGUCACCGCAGAAAACAAGAACGAGGAUAGUUUAUUCAAACACUCCACAACUCUAACCAACAGGCAGCGUGGGAAUGAGGUCACAGCUCUACCGGCCACUUUAGACACUCUCUCAGUUCACCAGCUGGCUGCACAGGGUGAGGUCACGCAGCUAGCAGCACACCUGAGCAGAGACAGGGCUCUGGUGAACAGUCGAGACGAGCGGGAAUUCACUCCCCUCAUGUGGGCUGCAGCAUUCGGGGAGAUCGCCGUGGUGGAAUUCCUCCUGGAAAAGGGAGCAGAUCCUAAAGCUCUGGCUCGAGAGAGAGAGAGCGCCCUGACGCUGGCCAGCUCCGGCGGGUACGCCGACAUCAUCAGCAUCCUUCUCCAGCACGGCGUGGACAUAAACACAUACGACUGGAAUGGAGGAACGCCUCUCCUCUAUGCAGUACGGGGGAACCACGUGAAGUGUGUGGACACCCUCCUGGCCGGGGGGGCAGAUCUGACGGUGGAAGCAGACUCUGGGUACAGCCCUAUGGACCUUGCUGUGGCUCUGGGACACAAGAAGGGUGAGCAGAUUUACAGCAGCCAGAAUCAGGCAGUCCCGUGUAACUGUGAUACGGUUAGCAAUCUAGCACAGAAAGAGUAACUCUUUGGUUAGGUGAGAAUCACCACGUUUAAUCAUUUUUCUCAUAAUCUUACGCGAAAACGGCCAAAUCUGGUCUUCGCAAAGCCGUGGGUUCAGGGUACAAGACUGAGAAUUAGCAUAACUGUUACAUUGCUGAGUGCAAAGCUCAGAAACUUUGAGUUAACCAUAAAAUCAGAAACGAGCUCCACUUUUGCGUUUACAGUCCAAAAGGUGAUUGAGAAUCACAUCCUGAAACUGCUGAAGCAAAAGGCAUGAUGCAAGGACCGUGAGAUCCCCGGCGUGAGUUCGUCCCCAGCGUGAGUUCGUCCCUAGCGUGAGUUCGUCCCCGGCUGGAGGGGCUUUGAAGAAAGGAGAGCAUCCGUCUGCCUCUGUGCUGCAGCAGCAAUGCAGUAUGGGUAAUGAUGGAGGCCUGGGGCAGGCCCCACUCUGUGUUUCUCAUACAUUAUGGAGAAGCCCCAAAUAUUUCCCUUCAGCAGGCACAGACAACUUCACUCUUCCUUAUUUUCACCAUUUCAAUGACUGCACUAGCUUUAAUGUAUAUAUAUGUAUAUUGUUUUUUUUUUCUGCAUGGGUUAUAUAUUUGGGAUUGUUUUGGUGGGUUGGAACUUUCUUACUGAAAAUGAAAUCCAGAUCCAUUGUUAAAAUGGCAAAAACAAUAAAGCACCAAUGGAGAAAAAAA